AUGAAAAAUCCAAUUAAAAGUGCUUAUGAAUUCAAAGAUGGUUUAUUAUAUAAGUUAAUGAUUAUGCGUGAAGGUUGUAAUACGAAGAAAAAAUUAAUUUAUUUGCCUUCAUCUUUAAUUAAUGAUCUUUUACAAGUUUAUCAUAGUGAUCCUCUUAGUGGUCAUUUUGGAGUUCAACGAACAUAUUUAAAAAUUAAAAAUAAAUAUUGGUGGCCGAAUAUGAAGCAAUCUAUUACACAAUCCAUACAAUCAUGUCUACCUUGUCAACAAUAUAAUAUUAGUCGAUCGAAGAAACCUGGUCGUUUACAACCAAUUCCACCUCCUGAAGGACCAUUUCAAUUAAUUGGCAUGGAUUAUUGUGGUCCAUUUAAACAAACUCCACGUGGUAAUCAAUAUGUAUUAUGUCUUACGGAUUAUUUCACAAGAUGGGUGGUUGCUGCUGCUGUACCUGAUUGUUCAGCUCAAACUACUGCUGAAGCAUUAUUUAAUGAAUUCAUUUGCAAGUAUGGGGUACCGGCAGUCAUAUUAUCCGAUCAAGGAACGCACUUCCACAAUCAACUAAUGAAAGCCAUGUCAAAAUUAGUUGGAUAUAAUCACAUAUAUUCAACCACAUAUCAUCCUCAAUCUAAUGGUAUGAUAGAAAGGUUCAAUGCAACAUUCGUACCUCAAAUUGCUAAACUUGAAAAUAAAGAAAAUAAUAACUGGGAUGAAUUUCUGUUACCUGUGGUAUUUGCAUACAAUACGGGAACACAUUCAACAACUCAAUAUUCACCAUUUCAAUUAUUAUAUGGUCGAGAACCAAGAUUACCUAUUGAUGGACCAAUAUCAUCAUUUACAUUUCGAAAACCAAAUGAUUAUUAUGAGCAAUUAAAGAAAAGUAUGAAAUUGAUACAUGGAUAUGCUCGUGAAAAUAUUAUUCGUAAACAACAUCAAUAUAAGACUCAAUAUGAUAAACGACGUCCUGAUCCUCAUUAUACAAUUAAUGAUCGUGUUUUAGUUAGAAGACAUGGAUUAAAAUAUAAAUUAGAGCCAAAAUUUUCAAUUACACCACAAAUUAUUAUUCGUGCACAACAUCCUGUUUACGUUGUUCGAGAUGAAAUAACUCAAAUUGAAACACAAGUGCACAUAAAUGAUAUUAGACCCAUCUAUGUUUCAAAAUUAAAUUAA